UACGAACGAAGGGACGAUAAUCAUUUUAAGCAGCGACGUGUAAGUUCACCACCGAAAGUCUCUAUCAUCACCAUCAUCAUUCAUCUGGACAGCCACUCCCCCGCGGUGGUCCUCUCCUCCUCCAACUCUCACACAGCCAUCGCCCAACUUACGCUAAAGCUCUAGCUUCCUACUGUUUUUUAUCUUUAUUGAGGCCGGUCCCCCAAACUCCGCCUUACUUUUGAUCUUCUUCUUCUUCUCUUCUAUUCAAUAAAAGGACUUGGGUUAUGACCUACUACGAUUGGGUCUUUAUUUUUUUUUUAUUUAGAAAUGAAGGAAUCACCCUGCCCGGCUACUCUGAUUCAGGCCAGUAAUUUAUGACCCCCCUUUUUUUUUAAGUGGAUUUUUUCUUCUUCGCUCUGGGGUUGAAAGAAAACAAAAAAAGAGUAAAUCUUUGGGCAUGUGGGUUGCUAUUAAUUGGAAUCAUGGGUGCGUGGGCGUACUGUUUCUGGACUUCUGGGGUAGAACAGAGGCCGAUUAGCUUUUGAUUACAGGAGACUUGAACUGUGUCCGUCUCUGGUGUUGAUUGCAAAUUAUUACCAUUACUAAUGGAGGCAAGAACGAGACUUGGACUUGGAGGCCAAGCUGAGCUUCUUACUCGUGCUGUGGGUUCUGGGGAUUCGAAGGCGGCGGCCAACAAGAGGAGUAAUUUGGAGUGGGAUCUUAAUGACUGGAAAUGGGAUGAGGAUCUAUUCCUCGCUACCCCUCUCAUCAACUCUUCUACUACUAGUCCCUUGAUUAAUUAUCAUCAUCAGCAAAGCAGGCACUUUUUCCCUCUUGAAACUGGAGGAGUUAAUAAUCAUCAUCAUCAUCGUGAUGUUGCUGCUCGAUCUUCCUCCAGCACCUCAUCCUCAUGCUCAGAUGAAUUCAAGAACCUUGGCGGAGGGGUGGGGGCCGGGUCAAGAAGGGAAUUGGACAAGCGGAGGAGGGUUCUCGUGGUUCGUGAUGACAAUUUGGAGGACGAGGCCGCUCCUGCUAGUCUUGCUCUCAAGCUUAACAGUCGUGGUGGACGAGACUGCUAUACCCCCGAGUGCGAGAGAUAUGCUUCCGGGAAGAAGACCAAGGCUGCUGCUACUGCUGCAAGCCGUGCGGUUUGCCAAGUUGAGGAUUGCAAGGCCGAUCUGACCAAGGCCAAGGAUUACCACAGGCGCCAUAAAGUUUGCGAGAUGCACUCCAAAGCCAGUAGGGCUCUUGUUGCCAAUGUUAUGCAGCGUUUCUGCCAGCAGUGCAGUAGGUUUCAUGCACUUCAGGAGUUUGAUGAAGGGAAGCGGAGUUGUCGUAGACGAUUAGCUGGUCAUAACAAAAGGAGGAGGAAAACGCAACCUGAUCCCAUGGCAAAUGAAACUUCCUCGAAUGAUAGCCAAGCUAGUGGUUAUUUGUUGAUGUGCAUAGUCAAGAUACUCUCACACAUCCACUCCGGUAAAACAAACCAAACAGAUGAUCAGGAAUUACUGUCUCAUCUUCUAAGAAGCCUUGGUGGCCAUGGUGCCUUACAUGGGGACAAAGACAUAUCUCGUCUUCUGCAGCUACCUCAAAACUUCCCGAAUAAUGGAGCAGAAAUGGUAUCUGCCCUGCUUGCUAAUGGUACUCAAGGCCUGCCAAUCUCCAAACACCCUGAGAUGUCACAGAACAUACUACACAACCGUGAUGUGCAGGUUGAAGAUUUGCCAACCUCAUCCUCGCAGCCCACUCAAAGUUCUGUAGCUUAUGUACAAGUAAAUGAAAAUCAUGUGGAGAGGAAUAAGUUGAAUAAUUUUGAUUUGAAUGAUGCUUAUAUUGAUUUGGAGGCAGCCAUAGAAGAUUUAGAGAGGUCACCAGUCCCUGUUGAUGUAGCAACUAGUAAUCUUGAAUACCAUUCAUGGAUGCGACAGAAUUCUCAUCAAUCAAGUCCUCCUCAAACAAGUGGCAAUUCAGAUUCAGCUUCAGCUCCGUCGCCUUCUAGUUCCUGUGCAGAUGCUCGGAGUCGGACAGAUCGUAUUGUUUUCAAGCUCUUUGGGAAACAACCAAGUGACUUUCCAGGUUCAUUACGGGGACAGAUUCUUGAUUGGUUAUCUCACAGUCCUACUGACAUUGAGAGCUACAUUAGGCCUGGUUGUAUUGUCUUAACAAUAUAUCUUUGUACAUCUGUGUUGGCAUGGGAGGAGCUUUCUCAUAAUUUGGGCUCCAGUUUGAGUAGGCUUCUUAAUGUCUCUGAUGAUGGCUCUUUCUGGAGAACUGGAUGGAUUUACGCAAGGGUGCAGAACCGAAUUGUUUUUAUAUGCAGUGGUCGUAUCGUUGUAGAAACAUCCUUACCUUCACAAAGCAGCUAUUAUGGUGCAAUUGUGAGUGUCAAACCCAUUGCUGUACCACCAUCUGAGAGAGCUGAAUUCACAAUUACAGGCGUUAAUCUGUCAAGGCCCUCCACAAGGAUACUAGGUGCUCUAAGAGGAAGUUAUGUGCUUUUUGAAGAUAAUGGGCCGUCACUUGAACAUAUUGACAGCUUUAAGGAGCAUGAUGAGCUUCAAUGCUUAAAUUUUGCGUGUUCUAUCCCUGUAGUGACUGGAAGAGGAUUCCUUGAGCUUGAAGAUCUUGGCCUUAGUAGCAGCUUUUUUCCUUUUAUAGUUGCUGAAAAGGAUGUUUGCUCUGAGAUCUGUAUGCUUGAAAGUGAAAUGGAAUUACCUGAGACAGAUUGUCUUGGUGUGAAAACCGAAAGUAGAAAAUUGGCCAUGGAUUUUAUACAUGAAUUUGGUUGGCUUCUCCAUAGAAGUCAGUUGAAGUCUAAACUAGGGCACUCAGAUCAAAAUUCUCAUCCUUUUGCUUUCACACGAUUCAAGUGGAUUAUACAGUUCUCAGCAGACCAUGGCUGGUGUGCUGUCGUGAAGAAACUCCUAGAUCUUCUUCUUGAUGGUAAUAUAGGGCAAGAGAGCUCUCUGGUUGGUAGUGAAGGAAGCCCGUUGUUUAGACCUGAUGCAGUGGGUCCAGCAGGGUUAACUCCUCUUCAUGUCGCAGCUGGUACAGAUGGGUCUGAGGAUGUACUGAGUGCAUUGACUAAUGAUCCUGGACAGGUGGCAGUUGAAGCAUGGAAAAAUGCUCGUGACAACAAUGGUUUCACCCCUGAAGAUUAUGCUCGGCUGAGAGGACACUACUCUUACGUCCACCUGGUCCAGAGGAAGAUCCACAAAAAAAUUUUGGUUGGGCAUGUGGCGGUUGUCGAUAUUCCAAACGCAGUCUCUAGUGGUAGGACGAAGCAAAAUGAAGAAGAGGAGGCAAGAAAGACCAGCUUUGAAAUUGCAAGGUCUGAGAUAGGUUCAGCUGAGCUCCAUCGUUGUAGGCUUUGUGAUAGAAAAUUUGUUGCUACAGGAGGUGGCAAUGGUUCUCCUCUCUACAGACCGGGCAUGCUCUCAAUGGUAGCUAUAGCUGCAGUCUGCGUUUGUGUGGCACUGCUGUUUAAAAGCUCACCUGAAGUUCUAUUUGUGUUCCGCCCCUUCAGGUGGGAAAUGUUGGACUACGGUUCUUGGUGAGACCCCAAUACGGGCAUCAGACCUGAUAUGGUAAUAAACAUAUUGAUCUCUUAUCGGGUAUUGUAGACAUUGGUAAAAUUGUAAAGUUAUAGAGACAUUGGUAAUAAGCAUACUGUUGCAGGUUGUUGGAUAGGAUACUACUACUAGUCAAAGGACUGUUGGAUUUCUUGUCGUCUCAAAACACAAUUUUCGGUGUUGGAAGCUCGUAUGGUUUUGUCAUUGGAAAGCAAAAGAGUUUGGAUGAUUGCUUUCUUCUACAAAGUGCUACUCUAAUGAAUGCUGUAGGAGUUACCUUUUUCUUC